AUGCGAGUGAUAGAUGGAACAUAUAAUGAUUUCGUGCGCUGCUCUAUCAAGUACCUGCUCAAUAAGGGGAAUACUUGUUCAGCUGCAGUAAUCAUGAAAGAGGAAGAUCAAAGUGAAGAGUACGAAAGUAUGCAUGCCUUAGAGCGGUAUCUAGAAGAUCUUAUUUCGGCCUUGACAGGUGCAUCUUCGCACAAAGAUAACUUGCCUGUUGUGGAAGAGGAAUUGUACGAACAGAUGACGUUAUUGUCUCAUUUGAGCAGAAAAACAGUCAUCAGCACGCAAGAGAGGUUGAUCUUAUCAAAUAUCAAUAGGCUUUCCAACUGCAUUUUGUUUUUACUUACUGAAAGUAGGGCCUUGAAGAGAGCAGUUGAGACCAUCAUAGAGGAAACUAAGUCGGAUGAAGCGAUGGAACCGUCAACUGGGAUUCAGCCUCAGCUAGUCUUUGACAUGCUGACCCCGAGUAUGGCUGCAAAUAGUGACGGGACAUACAUAUCGCAAAGAGGGAGAAGGCUCCCAGCUAGCUCCGUUAAAAUCCUCAAGGAAUGGUACCAAUGUAACAUUGACAAGCCCUAUCUUUCUAAUGAGAUUGUACAUCACUUGAUGGAGAAGACGGGGUUUUCUUACUCCCAAGUUCGCAAUUGGUAG